GAAUCACACUGUUGCUUACGAAUGCUUGAAUUAUAUCGAAACGGUUAUGCCAGACAAAUGUACAUACACAGCGGCUUAUCGGCAUCUAUACCGAAGAAGUAGUAGAUAGUUUCGAUUUUACCGAACAACUGCGAUAAAACUCGAUACAGCGACUUCAUUUAUAGCUUCGCGACUACUCGUUACGACGUCGUAUGCGUGAAUGUGUAUGGAUAAUGUAUAUAGGUAUACUGCGAUACGAUAAGAUGAACAACUGGCUAUGCAAAUUCGCUCGUAUAGAAUUCCUGUUUUCGGUUAUGUUUCCUCCUAACAUUUAGCAGGUGACAAUCGCGAUCCUUUCUCCAAUAUGAAAAUUCGAUCAUUCGACAAAAUGUCUCAACGAGAAAUCGGCUGUAGACGUUCCCGACGUCACGGGCGCACCAGAGCAAAAACUCUCCUCCCCUCCUCGAGUUUCCUGCGAAGAAGGAACAUACGACCGAGUUUACCGCACAGGCUUUUCGCAGCUCGGCUAACGCGCGUCUGUGCGUACAAGUCGAAGAAGGGGAUCCAGCGUGACAGUAUACGCGACCUCGAAACUCUGCGCGCGCGAGAGAGUUAAAAAGGAGAGCCGCCGCCGCCGCGAAUGGAUUCCUCGCGCGCUUUUCCUUCGAGCGUGCGACUCUUACGCGUUAUUGCUUUAUCGAUUUCUCCCCGACGACUAAGUCUCGUUCGAAUUUUUUUGAUGAAAAAAAAAAAGAAAUGAUAAGCGUCGACCGCAAGUAGGUGCGUCGACGAUGAUUAAACGGAGAGUAUAUGCGAGAGAUGACUAAGAGGAAGAACGUGCGCGAGCGCGAGUAUAUAUGUGUAUAAGGAUUAUCAAGAAAACGAUUAUUUCGCGCUCGCGUUUCCGACUAACGCCGAGGCAGGACGUAACAAUUGCGUCGGUCUUCCGUUCUUAUAAAUACCGCGACUACGCUGAGAUUCGACCCAGAGUCUUUCGAGGACGUCGAAGAAAUAUCGGCUAUAAGAUGGAUUUCAAAUGGAUAGCGCUUUUCGCGUUCAGUCUCCUGCUCGCGUUUUCGUUCGCCGAGAUCGAUGGUAAGGGCGUCGAAAAGAACAGUGAGCGAAUCUGCCCUCCUGGAUACCGUCGACUGGGCAGAACCUGCCGAAAGGUCUACAAUUGACCCACGAUUCUUCCUUGAAUAAAUGUGAUUUUUCAACAUUCAA